GGGAAGAAGAAAUCAAGAAAACAAAGCUGAAAACGUAGAAUGUUGUUUUCAAAAUGGCCGAAAUGUGUUGGAAUUCGUGAGGCAAGUCAUCGCUCAAGUACAUUAAAAUGUGAAUUUCUCCUGUCAUAAAUGCAAUCAACUGGAACUAGGAGAUGUUUAACACCUGUAGAGAGACAACAGGUUGCUAUGGUGAUGUUAAUGUUGACUCUUACCCACAAAAUGUGGAGGACAGUGAAAAAGUGUCAAAUUCUGGACCUGCAUGGAAUAUGCAUGCGUCGGGACCCACAGUGCACGGGGCGCACCAUGGCAAUCAUCCGGGGCACUCCUCUCAUUCUCCAGCGCCUGCAGCGCCUGCAGCCCCUGCAGCCCCCACUCACUACCACAGUGCCUUCCAUCAUCACGCAGCAAACCCAGCAGUUGAUUCCUAUGGCUACUCUCUAGCCCAGGCUCCUCUCAAAGAGAAUGACGCAAUUGCUGGCAAAGAUGUCAUUCGAUCCUCCCCACCGCCUGCUGGUGUUGCCACCGCCACUUGGCAGAACAAUCGAUCUCGCUCUCGCUAUCCAUCAGCUGUGGCAGGUGGUGCAUUCCUCCCGUACCCAACCCAAUUGAACCAUUAUGAUGGACCUCCGCUGGAAGCAGGCCCACACGGAAUGGGUCACAGUCACAUGCUCAGCAGAAAGCAGUCGUGGCCUGGUGAAAACCCAUUUACCACCAUGCCCCCUGGAGGACAGUACCAGAGGGAUCCUACCUCUGCUAUGUAUGCAGAGAAUAUCAGAGGUAACGUAGCAGGGGGCAUCAUCCGACACACAACUAGUGUGUCUGGCAUGGAGGCAAGAAACCCGCCUUCACAACAGCAUCAGGCUGUGCCGCACCACUUGCACCAUCAACAGCAGUCACUUCUGCACCAGCAGCAGCAGCAGCAGCACUCCGCACCCCACCACCAGCUGUUAUGCCAACUGGUUCAGAAGGAACGUGAAGCACAUCGACUUCCAGGUUAUCAAGACAGACACUCAGUUGUGAGAAGCCGCAUUUCGGGCUACCAUGAGCCUCUUUUCCCUCAGCAUCAGCACCUACAAUAUUGCGGUUCCCAAGAUGUUUUGAGAAAAGUACCGCUGCCUGUGCCUAUGGAUGGUGAUCGUCGCAGUGCCUUCACUGCAAGACAAACCUCUGCAUACACCCAUGGACCAUCUCAAUGGAACAAAAGUGCGGUUCCAUUCAUGCCACCAUUUCAUACGCAACAAGUGCUGGCACCACACCGGGGAGGUGGCUCUGCGUUUCAGCCCUGCAACAAAGUUGGAGAGCACGAGGCGUAUCCGCCUGAAAGCCUCAUCUGGUCCAAGUCUGGUCAGGCUGGUCCGGACUAUGGGGGUCAUAUGCAGGGGCCUGGACAGGCUGCAUGGAUGCAUGAUGCUCAGUCCCAAAUGUUUCACUCAAGACAGAUGAACAAGCCAGGUCUCAUAAACAAUGGCUCCAAUGUUCUGGGCCUCGACGCCGUUCAGAUGGGCGGGCAUGCAGCCAUGCAUCCCUCUGGGGGAAGACAGGCAGGCAAUGUCCCCAAGGGUGCGCAUGUACCAAUCGCAUACCAGCAACAGCACCUCCAUCUGCAUAAUCCUCAUUUAAGAUCUCAAAUGAUGCACCAGCCUCAAGCCCCUCCACAACAUGCUCUGCAGCAGCAACCAAUGAUGCAACAGCACCAGUCAAGUCCAUUAUCAAACUCACAGCAUAGCCCUAUGGUGACGAGCCCUCAUGAUAUGCAGAGUCCUCAGAUGUCGAACUCCUGCUCUCAGCAACCUUCUCUCCAGCAGGCCCAACAGCAGAAUGAUAGUCAACUUGUCUGCAAUGAAGGUGAUGGGAAAGAGAGUCGGGGAAAUAUUCGUUCUCUCCGCAACUGUCUUGAUGUUCGCCAGUUCAUCGAGAACUGGGAUGAAGACACAGAAGUCGGUACUCCGAGACCCUGCAUUGAUGAAGCGGAAGCGGGGGACAAUGUGGAACAGCCCCUUGUCACAACAGAGGAAGCCCUUAUUGUCCUCGACUGUAGGUCCCUCCGCAGGGAGGAGGCUGCCAACCUGCUCAAUAUGUAUUCAGUUCCUGAAGCAGAGGGCUUGCUUGCCUGUUCUGGUGAAGGCAUGUUUAGCACCGCUACAGACACAGUGGCACAAAGUGCCCUCCAGAAUCUAUUGGACAGUGUGACCAGUUCUGGGAGUAACUCAACCACCAUUGCGACCCCAAUGGCAAGUCCCACGGGACAAGUUGGAGGACGCAGCUUGGACAUGCUUUUAAAUGCUGCUCUGCCUACACCGCCUGCAUCACAAGAGCACAACAUUGCACAGACCAACUUGCCUUUAAGCACACCUGUUGCAGUUGUCAGCCUUAACAGCCCCAUUUCACCACAUCUAGGAGACACCAUCAGGCAGCCGAAGAUGGACGAAACCGGAUUUGGGGUGAUGUCUCCCACUUCACCUGCAGCGUCUGUGAAAUUCACUUGUGCCACUGUGCAUACACCAUUCGUCAAGUUUCCUUCGGCCGAUGAUCCUCCGUCUGUUAUCCAGUCAAGCAGGGAUCAUAUGGGCUUCAGUGCUGCUCAUCAAUUUACCAGUGAUAGACCGGAAGUGAAUGUGAUGUCCCCCUCUGCAUCCAAGGCAGUGGAUCUGCCACCUGUCCCUGUACCUCCACUGCAUGUCGACACUCAGCCUUCUGCUGCUGAGACUGACAUACUUCCGUCUCCCGCGCUUUCUGAUGCCAGCACUGAAAGUAAGAUGGCAUCACUGAGAGCAUUCAGAAAGCAGAAGGCUCACAGUCCAGACCAUAUGAGUGAGGUGCAUGAUAGUUUGGACUCAAAUUCUCAUGAUACUUCUGAUGUUCACCCAAGGAGUUCUCGCACUUCCUCCUUAAUGGAGAGUGAUGAUGCUGUGGACCGUUCGCAAUGGGCCUUUGCACAAAUUACUAAAACUUCUAGAACUCCAUCCCAUGAAGAUUUCAGAGCUAAUAAUGGACCUAGCAUCAUCAAAGUGAAUCAGAACUGGGAAACAGCUGACAAUGUGCAGGAUUUACACAACUUUAAAUUGAAGCCUUUCAGCAGUUCUAAUCAUGCAAUGGUUGAUAAGAGUACAGCCCCCCUCAACUGUAGUUUGGAGACCCAAAAGUCUGACAGCUCAAAAUUCGAUAAAAGCACGUCUCCCACAAUUUUCCUUACCAAUAAGGAUACUCAAACAGAAGAAUCCCGCCAGGACAGAAAAAGAGUUGACACAUGUGCAUUCAAUGAAACAUUUGCUCAAACAUCAGUCCACUGUAUUCAGGAUGAGAUCCAGAGUGAUACUUUUGCUCAGACUUCUGUUCGUUGUCAACAAAAUCCUGUUGGUUGUCAACAAGAUGAAAUUCAUCAUGAAUCGUUUGCUCAGACAUCUCUUCUUUCUCUUAGUGAGGAAAUAGAAAACUACACUGCUGAGGAGACAUCAUGUCAAGCUCCAAAUGAAAAACUGCCAUUGAAUUCUACUGACCUGCUGAGAGUUUCAAGUUUCAAGUUAGGGGCUCCAACUAGCAGCCUUGCAGAAAGCUUAAGUAAACAAACUGAAAUUGUUACGGGGUUUUUAUCUGGACCAACUCAUCCUCAACAGUUAGAUAUUGGUAAUGAAGCUGAAGAGUUGCCCUCAUUGGAUGAAGCUGGAGCUGAAGUUAUCAAUACCAGUGAAUCAAAUGCAGGUUGUGGUACAUCUGACCUCUUACCUACCGAUUUGGAAAAAAGACAAGUUCCUUCCAAAGUUUUAGAAAAUGAAGUCCAAUUUAGAGAAGAUGAAUGCAGGACUGAAAAUAGCUCCACCAGUGUAGCAAAACUUUUAUCACCUGUAAAACCUGAUCUCGAUGAUUGUAUUAAAGUCUCACUCCCAGAGUGCACCAAAUUUAAUAAGCAGCUGGAGGAUUUAAAAACAAAUGAAGAUGUUACUUCUAAUAAACCUUGUGCAUUGAGCUGUUCGAAUGAGAAAGAUGACAAACUUGCUUCUUCAUCUGACGAGGCAAUUUCCAAAGAGGACAGCGACGGUGAUGAAAGAAACAGAAGCGUCGGUACAGGAAUUGAUGAAGAGCUUAUCAAGAAUGAAUUUUGUCCACAGUAUCUAUCAAGAAUCGUAGAUUCAUCUCCUGGUAACAUUCCCAAGAUUCUUUUAUCUCGCUUGAAGGAGAAGUCUUCCAAGAAGAAUGGAGUGAUAAAGAGGUUGCCAAGUAUACGCUUGACAAGGGUGUGUUCACCAAUGAGCUCCAGUUUAUCUGAUCCAGAGUAUGUGUGCUCUGUGUCAGACACUGAACCUGGAACACCAUCAAGACUAGAUGGUAGUACAAUGGACUCUGUGUUUUCUGAUCAGGCCAGUAAUGAUCAUAGAAGACCACCCACUUUACAUCGUAAGAAUAAACGAGUCAAGCACUGUGACGCUGAAGUUCAGAGUUCACCUUUAUCAUCGAUUAAUGUUCGCCCUGCAGAAGACCAUGAAGACGAUAACUCAAUUAAUAGAAAAGAAUCUAACCCGUCCACAGAUAUGCCUUCUGAAAAUGUUAUCGCCUCUUCUGCUGCUAACAGCCUUCAUAUAUCAACCUCUGAUAAUAGGAAUAAUCAUUGUUCUGAUAUGGCUGAAAGAAGAAGUCCUCAUGAAGAGAGGUCUAUUGAAGUUCAAACUGAGGGGCACAUAUCAUCAGGAGCGGGCUUAAAAAGUUCUGAUGAUUCCGUACUAAAUAUUCCACAAUCUGAUAGCUUGAAUGAAAUUGAAAGAAGUACAGAAAAUGUGUCUCCAAGGUUUUCUACCUCGACAUCACAAGAAUUUAUUUCCACAGAACAUCAAGAAACUGGUUUGACUGAAAAGUUGCCAGCUGAUAAAUGCAGCUCACCAAUCGGAAGCAAAUCAAUUCCACAGUUGCCUACUGACCCUCAAAUGGCCUUUAAUAGCAAAGCACUUGAUCAAUUGGGAAAAGAAAAGGUUCUUCUGGUACCUGAAGAAAACGAAUUAGCAAUUGAUUUAUCACUUCAGAAAAUAGAAAACAGAAGAACAACAGUUGAGGAUGUGUCAGACUUGAACAUUUUGACAUCCCGUCAGAGUAACUCACCAGUUGUUAGGCAAUGUGGACCAAAGCUGGAUUUUCCUGUUCCAAAAGAAAUGAGCCCAAAUGCCAGAUGUGGAGGUAUUGAAAAAUUAGUUAUUCUAAAAUCAUGUGGUGGUUCUUCGUCCAAUUCUGUGGAAUAUUACAAAGUUGAUGAAAUUGUAAGUGAGAAAGAUAAAUUGAUUGAUGAGACGAUGUCCUGUGAUGAAAAAUUGAAACAAUUGAAAGAACUCCAAAAUGUUAAUCAGGUAGAAACAGAAACAUCUCUAUUCACGCCUGACCUAUCUGACCUAACAAUUGGAGACUUAGAAGAAAAUGAUAGUCUAUCUGAAGAAACUGGUUUGCAUAGUUCUGCCAAAUCUCUUACAGAAGAUGUAUUUUUGUCGCAGAGAAUUCUUUGCAAACGUUCAUCCAUUGACAUCUGUGAGAAUGACAUUGGGCGCAGCAUAGUGAACCUAAAAGCAUCUUCCCAGGAAUUUUUUGAAACAGGCAAUUCCUUUGUAGAGACAUGCAGUCCUCUUGCUGAAAAGAAUAUUUUGCAAGAAAAUAUUUUUAAAAUGAUCCAAAAGUCGAAGAUGAGGUUGUUAGUGCUGGCAACUCUUCCAUGACCUGUUGUGGAGGUGGCCUCAUCCCAGCGAAUUGUUUUGUUCCCAUCUAACAAUAGAAAAGAUCUUAUGCCAAUCGGAGCAGGUACCAGUGGGACAUCUGAACGUCUACCUGCAACAGAAUCAACAGAAUUAACUCCAGAAGAAAAUCUUACAAAUAGUGUUCCAGAAAUUACAACAUUUUCAGAGCCCGUAGAAUAUUCAGAUUUGUUUGGAGUCAAAGGAAAUGAAACAAAAUGUGACAUGUCUGAUGUAGUUGUAACAAAUCCUUCUAGCAGAGAAGAAUCUCCCCAGACCACUCCUAAAAGCUCCUAUGGGGUGAAUGUUCAAAAGGGCUCAGAAACGGAGUCAGUUUUGUCCUCUGAAAUACCUGAGAACUCAAAUGUUUAUUCAUCGUCUCUGUUUCUAGACCCUCACUCUCAAAUGCAGCCAAUUGUCAGUGGAGAAAAUUUACCGCAAGCAGGAUGUGAAGAAAACUGCUCUUCUGCUUCACCAUCUUGCAGUUCAAAACCUCAUGAAAGUCCAAUUGAUUGUGUAGGACAGAAUUCAUCUACUGGCACAAAUGUUGAUGAUACCUCUCCUAAUGCUCACUGUUCAGAUGCUAAUUUGGAUGAGAAGGAUGAGACACUUCUUGAGUUUGACAGUUGUGAUUUACAAAAGAAUGUUGAAGAUGAUACCCAACCAACUUCUGUGUCAGUUACAUCUUCUUCUUCGGGUUCUUUGGUCCAGCAAGUAGAUGAAAAUGGUGGUAGCACUUCUGUGCAUGCUUCAGAUGCUGACCAAUCCUGUAAAGAUCAUACCCAAGAUGCACUUGGUGUUAAUGAUUUGGAAAGUCCAGCUGAAGAUGCUACCACUGAUCAUCCAGCACCUCUUGAGGCAGAGGCGGAUCCAUUGAUUCCUGAAGAAAUUGCUUCGAGUGAAGAAGGUACUUCCCUGAAGUCUGUUUCUGAUGUUAAUGAAUUUUGUCACUCCCCGUCAAUUGAAAAUGACAGUGCCAAGUCUGUGAACAAUAGAUUGGAGCUGCACAGUAACCAAGAAAAUAGAGCUAAUCCAGAAAUUCUUUUGGAAAACAAUUAUACUAUCUGUCUCUCAGACAUUCCUCUACCCUCUGAAGAAGGCUAUCAAAAUUAUUUGGCUAAAAGAAAUCUCGCGACAAGGCCUGAAUUAGUUGUAACUUCACAAAGUGUUGUUUCUUCUGAGAAUUCCUAUCCAAGACACUUUAGUGUACAAGUAGAAGAAGAUACCAGAAUAACUACUGCAGAUAAAGAUACUCAGAGUAGUGAUGACAGCUUCUCACUCUCGGAUGAAGAAAAAGCUUUCCCAGAUCCUCUUGCUCCAAACUUUGAUGUUACUCGAAUUCCAUUACCAGAUGAAUGCAUUGCAAUAAAGAAUAGAAUUAUGAAGUCAAGAAAUAGGAAAAGGCCUCGAGAGCUGUGUGGAAAUGAAUGUUGCACUUCUGCUGAAUCAAGUAAAUUUAGUGAAGCAAACUAUAUGGGCACUUCUGUUGGGAUUCAAUGCUCCAAACCACGUGAUUCAAAGAAUUUGUUCAGCUUGAGGAGCAAAGCAUCUCAAACUCACAAAAUUCAGAUAAAAUUGAAGCCACGUCAUCCAAGUUUAGAGUCAUUUCAUUCGCACAACAAUCAGACCCUAAUGGAGGUUGUUGAAGAAGUGUCUAAAGUUUUGCAUGAUGUUGACAGUGGGGAUUGCAUGCAGCAAGUGAAAGAGAAGGAAGGAUUCUCAUCUCUUUCUUGCCCGGAGGACAGACCACAAGCUUGUGAAUAUGUGGUUGAGCCCAACCGGUCCAAGUACUGUGAUUACCCAGAUGUAGGAGCAGACCGAAUAGAUGACUGUAAUAUUUUAGAAGUUAGAUGCAAAGAAGUGUUUCCUGUUAAUGACUGUAAUGGUCUUGAAGGAAGGAUUGAAGAAAAGACAGCGACCUCUACUGCAGUGCUGCAUCAAGAAGAGGCCUGUCCCCAGCACGUGCUUAAAGAAUCAAUCGAACCAUCUCAACUUUGCGAUGGUGAAGAAUUUCAAGAUCCAACCAAUGUUACCCAGGAUGGGGCUCGACCUUCCCUCUAUGGCCCUCCUGAAAUUAAGAAUAGUCCAGCCCACAGCUUGGAUCCCCAUUGCAUCACCAAUGAAGCAACCACUUCUAGAUGUGAUGAUGCAGUUGAAAAUAAUUUCCAGGCUAGCACUGAUAUCUUAUCACUGUCCAAUCUUCCUUCCUCAAAUGUUCCAGUUAAUGUUUCUUGUGAUGUGAGCUCGAAUCCAAGCACUUCGUCAUUCUCCAAGAAAGAAGAGGAAAACUGUAAAUCUCCUUUAAACUUAAAUAUCAAUGAAAUUUGCAAACCAAUUGACAAAAAAUGUUCAGAAGCUAAUUCUUCUGCCACCACAGCUGAUAACAAAGAAGAAGUUCCAAGGUUUGAACAGAAAACAGAAGUGUCAAAUUGUUCUAGUGGACAUUUUCAUGAGCCAUUGCUUAACCCGUUGGACCUUGAUUUUAGGGAAACAGAGGCUAAAUGUCUGGAUCUUAUUACAAAAGACUGUCAUGAAAAGUGGCAAGAUUUUUCAACAGUUGAUAAAAGUGCCUUGUUAAAUAGUACUGAGGAUGCUCCCAGUGAAAAUAACAGUUUUAUUACUGACAACCCCUCUAGCAAAUCAUUUGAUUCUGGCCAAGAAAACUGUAACAAUAGAAAUGAGUCUGAAGUGCAUACGUGCACUAGUAAACUGGUUGUGUCUGAUACUGACUUGGAGAAGACUGAACCUUUUGAAAAUAAAUUUGAGAAUGGUAGUAAUAGAACAUUGUUAGUGGAAACACAGGAAUUUAUAGAAGAAGAGCAGAAAAUAAAUUGUGAUAAACAUGAACGAGAAAAUGUGCCAUCUGCUCGAGAAGAGGAAUAUAUUAAUUGUGGUGUAGUAGCGGACCAAUUUGUUUAUUGUGAAAAUGAGAGGGAAGAAACAUCUCCUGUGAGAGAGGGAGAAUAUUCAUUUCCUUCAAAUGAUGGACUCAAAAUCCUGCCCAAUGGAGAAGAGGAAGGAACUUCUGACACUGCUACUGGGAAAGACAAUCCUUUUCCAUUUAGUCAUAGAAACAUUCCAUGUAAUAUAGAUGAAAAAGUGCCUUUUUCAUCCACAGAAUUAUCCACCUUGGAUACUCCUUGUAAGGCACUGGACAGUGGCAGUGAUGGUGCUCCUGAUGCUAAUGUUACUUUUGAUGAUGUGCACAUGGCCAUUGGGAAACGAGUGUACAAACUUUCUGCUGAAUGGCAGACCAUGUACCUUGGUGAAGACGACAACGAGCAAGAUGAAGCAGAAACAUGUAUUUCUUCAUGUCAAAACUUGGCUAUAAAUUCAGAAGAACAUGCCAAGACCCUGCCAGCUCCCUCAAAGAAUGUCUAUGAAAAGUCACUGGAGUCGCCUUCCAAUUCGAAUGCUGAAUUUGUUAAAUUGUCUGAUAUGGAUGCCACCAUUGGUGAGUCAAUGCUUGAAUUGGUCGAUAACGAUGAAGUUGAAAUGAAUGAACUGAAUGAAGAUGAUCUUCCCCCAUUAGAUGCCCCUGGCUUAGAAGUCGAAGUUGCCAACUCUGCGGACUCUGACUCUGAUCGUGAAAUGCCUUGCCUCGAGCCAGAAUCAGACGAUCAAGUCCUGUCAAAUACCAUGCACACCUCUUCUGGAGAAUCCCAUGUACCCAAUUCAACCAGCCACAGCGUACAAGAAAAUAUCCCUGCAGACCUCAGCACUAUGACUGAUGUCUCAAAUGUGUCGAAGAACUCAGAAGAAGUGGAUGAAAGCCACGUAACUGCAGAGGAAGGUGGUGCGUCCAGCAGAGCGAGCCCCGCCGUUCCAGUGUUCUCCACCUUGAGGUUGUCCUCCACGACGGCGCCCAGGAAGGACAUGCCGCGCGUGGGGGUCAAGCGGCCCCACGAGUCGGACGACUCAGACUCUGACGAUUCGGGGACCGACGACGACGAUGACAACUGCUCCAGUGGUAGCGACGCCGACGGCCGGCAGGAGAGGCCUCGCGGUAAGCGAAUGCACAGCGAGGAGACGGACGACGCGGGGCUCUCGCGCGCCCCAGAGGACCGCCAGCACGGCGUCGAAGAGUCCGUCCAGGUCGGGUCUAAGGAAGCCGUGGCCGAAGCGCAAUUAGAGGAGUGGUCCGUGGCCGUGGAGGACACACCAGGGCUGCCCGAGCCUGACGGAGACGUGGUGGCCGUGGCCGAGGCCCUGGAGGAGGUGUCCGAGGCCGUGGAGCAGGUUUCGGAGGCGCUGGAGGAGAUGUCCGAGGCCAUGGAGGUGUCCGAGGCCAUGGAGGUGUCCGAGGCCCUGGAGGAGGCGCCCGUGGCCGUGGAGGAGGUCUCUGAGACCCUGGAGGUGUCUGAGGCCCUGGAGGAGGUGCCCGAGACCGUGGAGGAGAUACCCGAGGUGGAGGUGUCCGGGCCGGUGCCCGGUGUCGGAGUGGACUGCAUCGAGAUCUCGGACAUCCGCACCGACCCCACCGAGUGGGUCAAGGACGCCGACGUGGCGGUCGACGUGGCGGUCCCCGAGGACUCGACCUGGCGCUGCGUCGAGGUCAUCUCGACGGAGGAGAGCGUGCGCGAGGAGGUGGUGGAGACGGUGGUGGAGGCCGAGGUGCAGGAUGACGACGACCAGGAGGUGGGCGAGCCGCGGCCGCGACUCAAGUGCAGCCUGAGCUGGGACCGCGUGCUACUGGCCGGCGAGGCCUUCGUGCUGGAGCCCGCCAAGGUGGGCGUGCGCCUGGAGCACGAGGAGGCCGCCGGCGAGGCGUCGCCCUGGAACGUGGUGGACCACGUGGUGGACCGCGACGCCGAGUCCGCGGCCAGCGCCCACGAGGAGAACAACAACCACCUCCCGAAGAGCCCGCCCUCCAGCUCCAUGUUCAAGGUCACCAAGUUGAUCCUGGAGAGACCCGCGCCUCCGGCCAGCCCCGGCCUCAGCGCGCCCUGCACCAGCCACCCGGACAGCAGGUCCCCCGACGGCGGCCACUCCCUCAAGACGAAGGGGGCCCUCAAGAGCUACCACAGCGACGACUCGCUGGCGUCGCUGGCGUCGCAGGGGUCGCGGCGGCGCCGGGAGUCGCGGCAGGAGAAAAGCAGGCAUCGCCACGGCAAGCGGCGCUGGUACUCGCACCUGUCCCCCGCCGCCCCCACGGCGCGGUCGUCGCGGUCCCCGGGGGCGGGGGUCGACGGCGAGGUGCCCAAGGUCAUCAUCAAGCGGCAGUCGUCGACCUCGCCGGCGUGGCAGCUGCUGCACGGCCGCCCCCGCAUGGCCAAGUCCCCCGUGGUGGUGCUGGAGCGCGACCCCAGGAUCGACGCCAUGGCGCUGCGCGCCGCCGCCCGCCUGCGCCGCCUGGACCGCAAGGAGCAGCGCGACGACGACGACGAGGCCGGCAAGACCAAGCGCCGCAAGAAGUCCUCGUCGUCCUCGGGCCACGACGAGGACCGCAAGGACCGCGGGCGCGGCCGCCACCGCAGUCGGGACAAGGACAAGGACCGCGAGCGGAAGGCCGUGGCCAAGGCCAAGGGCGGCCAGGGCCAGAGCGCCGCGCACAUGCACAUCAACGAGCUGGUGAAGCGGUGGCAGAUGACGCCGCCGGGGAAGGACACCCCCAUGCCGAUGCCUUCGCCCGACCCGGCCACCCCGCCGCCCGCCUCGGACGCCUCGCAGUCCCCGCAGUACGGCUGGCACCAGGUGCACCAGAUGGAGGGGGGCUUCCCGACGGACGACGCGACCCCCGAGGCGGAGACCGAGGCGGAGGCCGCCCUGGAGCCGAGCCGCAGCCACUGGAGCCAGCUGCUCGACGCGCCCUUCGCCGCGGCCGCGUACGGCGACGCGUACGUGUGCGAGGCCUGUGGCAAGGCCCUGAGCGGCGAGCCGUCCCCGGCCAGGGCGGACCACAUCAAGCAGCACCCCUACCACUGCCAGCGCUGCUACCAGGCCUUCGCCUCCCAGAGCGACUUCACGCAACAUUUGAAGGUUGCUCAUCCAAACACGCAGGAACUCCAUCACUGCCUAUUGUGUCUUCGAACUUUUCCCAAUGAGAGACAGCAUGCGAUUCACAUGAAAGGUCAAAGUCACUGUCACAUGGAAAGGUCACAGCGCAGGACUAUACACACCCUGUUCCGGAUGUUUACUGGUUCAGAUUGUCCUCGACUGAGUCCCCUUACUCCAGAAGACAUGCAUGCCCUGGACUGGUUGCCCAAUGACUCUGGUGUUAUUCAUUUCUACCACCAAGCAACGCCUCUACAAAUAGCCACAGAGGACUGGCAUUUGCACCAUGGAAUUGCAUCCAUCAAAUCUGUUAAGAAAGAUACUCCAAACCCUGAUUAAUUAUGUCUCGUGUUCUUGACUGUUGAAAUUGACUGUUUGAUAUUGUUUUUGAUGAAUGUGUGAUUCACAUUAGACAGGAAUCUAUCAUUCCCAACGUGUACCGUAUUUUACCACCUGUUUCUUAAGUAAAUCAUGUGUAAACCAAAGAGUAAGUGAGGAAACUCUGCCAAUGUUUCUCUGGGACCAACAAGGUACAUUGUUGCAAACCUUUCCUUUAUGGACAUCAGUUGAACAAAAAUUGAAGUCCUCAGUGCAUUGCUGUUACCUUUUGUCUGCAAUAUCUACUUAGCUCUGAGUUAAGUGGUGUCUGUUGAUGCUUUUGGAAGUCUUAUAGAAUGGUCAUUGUCAUUUGACAUUGUCAUUGCAUCUCUCUCAUUCUUGUCAUUUUGUUGAAGUCAUUGUUUAGUCAAUAUAGUAUUUUAGAGUACUAUUAAUCUUUAUUUAGUGUUAUGCCAUUGCAUUUGGCAGGAUACUGUCAAAAUUUUAAGAAGUGUAUAUAGUUUGUUUUGUUCUGUUCCCUUGUUGAACUAUGCACAGGGUGUAAUGCACCUGAUCACAGUUAGUCAUUUUGAAUUGCUUUAGCAUCUGUUAAUUAUUUCAAAGUUUUACUCAAGUGUUUCCCACCAUAUUUAAUUGUGAUCUCUUGUUACCACAGUGAAUGCAAUACUAUUUCAGUUUCAUGUCUGCAUUCAAGCGUGAAAGUAGUUUAAUUUAGUUCUGUCAUAAUAAUUACUCCUAACUAUGUUCAUCUGUAACAAAGCCUUAUUGCUGUUAGGCCAUCUGUGAGAGUACACUGUAGCAUAAUGUUUUCUCACAAACUCAAUGUUAAAUUGUGUUUUGUGGUUUUUCCCACUUUUGUGGAACUACUAAUUUUACAGGGUGAUUUUUAUUCUUGUGUUAUUUCGUGUGAUUUCGUCAUUCGUUUAUACUAUGAUAUUUGAUCAAGUUUGUUGAAGUUUGUCGAAAUCAUGUUCUACAUUGUGUUCAUCCUGAACUUUGAAAUCUUUAAAUCAAUUUUUUCAUGUAGGUAGUCUCUUCUACAUGGUCUCAUAAUCCAAAGGGUAUUUUACCCUAGUGAUUUGUGAAUAUAGUACUUUUUGAGAAAUAGUUAUAUUCAUAACUUGAUUUUUUUAAGAUUUUACAUUGCAAAUAUUUUUGGUAUUGGAUUUGGCUUAUGUUCCUAGAACAAACUCGCGUUGGGUAUUUCCAAUGAGACAUAUAUUUGUUCUGUAUUGCAAAAUGAAAUAUUUUUUGAAGAAUGAUGAACUCUUGGCCUCAUGAAAUGUUCAGCCUUUACCUCAAAUAUUUUGAAAAUAUUGUAUGCGUAGUCAUGUUUCUAUGGGGAACGAUGUUUUUUGGUGUUAGGUUGUGGAAAGUGGGCAAUUCAUAUGAGAUAUCUCAGGACUGUGCAUAUUUUACAUCUGAGAUUUGAUGUAGUGUGUGUUUUGUCUUGCGAUUGAACUGAGUGAUUUGUGUGUUUAUUCUAACUUGUUGAUACUUGUAUAAAUUUUAUUCGCUUUUGUGAUGUGAAUAAUGCAGUGCACUUCACCUCAAUACUACUUGAAUAAUUGUUAAGUUUUAAGAUUGUAUACUUACAGCCAAAUGGUGUAUGAUGUCUCAUACCUUUGUUGUUUACCCAAAGGUAUCAUUGUUGUAGUCAAAUCAUAUGCCAUGUGUUUUACAAUCUUUGUUCAGUUUGUCUAAUUUAAUUUUACUUUUUUUUGUUUGAAAUCUUCUCUUUGAUCAUUUGUUUUCUGUUUUCCUUUCCUUUGUUUCUCGCUGUUCCUUUAUUUCAGCCAUCUUGUUAGUUAAUUUAUCAUGGAACAGUGUAUUGUGGUUUGUGCAAUCAGAACAUCUAUUUAUGAAAUGUUAAAGAAAUUAUCAUUGUUGUGACGUGUUUGAAAUUUCUAUCGAUGAUUAUGUAGCCCUUUUGAAUUGAUCUUGUCUUUAUUAAGAAGUCUGAAGCUUGUACGGUGCUCUUUGACUGUCCAAAGCAGCUUAUAAUGAUUUGUUGGACCAGUGCCUUUUAUUGAACUUUCCCUAAACUGUCUUUGAAAUCAAUCAUGUUUUCUUGGGACCAAAAUGUAUUGCUGAACAUAUUUGAAGAGCUUGAUUAACUUAAUAGUAAAUUUAUGUGGCUGAAGGGUGUGCAAUGUGCUUACCAUCAAAACAAAACUUUUCAACUUAAAGCUUGCAGUUGAAUUUUGUUGGAAUUGAUAUUGAAUUUUGGUGUAUCCAUCUCAAGGCUACUUUCAUCAGUUCAGUUGAUUCUUCAAAAAACAAAAAAGAUUACAUAAACACAGCAUAAUUGUACUUCUAUUUUAUAUCGUUCUUCAUAUAUUAAAAAUUAUUUCCCACCAUUUUUAUUAUGUUUGUUGUAUUCAGGCAUUCUGGCUGUGUUAAUACAUAAGGUUUCUUAAGCAAGACCCUUUUAAGAUUUAUUCGUACUAAUUUGCAUGGAUUUCCUAUCAAAAAGAUAUUGUGUUGUUUUUUGUCUGACCCACGUUAAUGAUGUUCAGUUUUAUAUUAGCCACUUUAACUUUUAAAGCAAAAUGGGUUUGUUUUGUGCUGAAUCCCAUUUAGUCUUGGUGAUUACUUCUGACUAAGGCCUCGGUAAUUCUUUAUACACACUGUUUGCACUUUUUGUCAAUUAUUUAAGUGUGCUGUGAUAAAGCAUUAUUGCAUGUAUAUAUAUGGUUACUGCAAUGAUGUGUUCUAACUGAUAGUGUACGAAAGUGUAUGAUGCCAGUGUCUACAUACCUUCAGUGACAACAUUAGUGACAUUCAUGUACAUCAUACUCUUCCCAAAGUCCUUGAUUUUAAGGUUUAUCUGUGUUUAUUUUUAACUAUAUUUGAUGCUGAUUGCCAGUUUAGAGAGCUCUUCAUUUACAGACACUACCCACCAGACUGCUGUGUUAUGAGUGCAGGCUGGUAGGCAGUGUGUGUCUUGGAAAUUUUUCUUUAGUGGCAUAGUUGGUUUGAAAGCACCAAUUUUAAAUAAAUUUUGGCUUUUAACUUUGAUGGUUUUUUCGUGCCUUGGAAAUGCUGCAGUGUCUCAUGAUUUUAUAUAUUGUCACUGUUUUGCUGUGCAAUAUUUUACUUAAAUUUGAGGAAAUGCUGGGCCCUUAAAGUUUCAAGCUUUGAAUCAUAUGUGAAGUCAGAACUAACUCACCAGUCAAGACAGCAGAUUUGUGUAGAGGAGCUCUGUAAGUUCAGUCAAAUCUCAUAUCAGUUUCUAUUUCUUGUCAUUCCAAAGUAUAGUCAUUCCAUUAUUGUUAAUUAAGUAUUUCCAGUAGGUAUGUAUUUGUAUUAUUGUCCUUGUUUGUUGCAUCUUCCUUGUUUUCACCUUGUGUGACAGUGUGUCAAUUUUUUUCUUGUCUUUUUUUAUCAGAAUAGUGUACUUAAAAUACUGCAGGAAAUCUGGACACCAGUUGCUCUACUGGUAUUGUAUAGUCUGAACAUUAUGCCCUUUCCUUUCCUGUGGUUUUUCUUUCUCUUUUGUUACGUUUUGAUAAUACUAUCAUUCCCUUUGGGACACUAUAGGACUGUCUCAAUCUGUAAGUCAUGGAGGUGAGGUAUUUUCAGAGAAGAAUUGUUACCUAGUUUAUUGUGAAUGGUUAAUUUAGCACUGUUUGCAUGCUAAUUGAAUAAAGAACUGUGAGGAUCGUUUCA